AUGGCUGAAACCUGUCCUUUAUAUUUGCCCCAAGAACGCUCCCUAAACGCGUUUAAAAUGCCACCAUACGUUAUAUUAGCGGAAUGGCCAAUAAUCAACAUAACCGGAUUUCGGAGACUGAUCGGCCUGGCGCUGCGCCAUGACAAGUUCUUCAUGCAGGCAUCAUAUGAAUCGCAGCCAAAAAUGCCCUCUGUAGCACAAGUAAUAGUUUUUACAGUCACCUUCAUUAGUUAUGGCCUUUAUCACUCGGCAAGGAAAACACUCAGCGGUGUGAAGUCAUCUGUCACAGAAGACUGGCUGGAUAAUAGUACCCAUAAUCCACUCUUCGACACGGAAGCCCAAGCACAUAACUUUCUUGGUCUCCUUGAUGCUAUUUUCAUGAUUGCUUACGCUGGAGGGCUUUUCUUCUGGGGAUGGUUGGGCGACCGAUCGAAUCCAAAAUAUGUAAUAGUCAUUGGUAUGAUAGGAUCGGCUAUCACGAUGACACUGUUUGGAGCAGUGCCAAAAUGGGCUAAACUAUACAAUGUUCCCUAUCUUGUGUUUACCUAUACUUUGUUCGGGUUCGUGCAAGCAUGUGGUUGGCCGAGCGAAAUUGCUAUCAUGGCGAACUGGUUUGGCAAAGCCAAUCGUGGUUUCAUUAUGGGCAUGUGGGCAUCAUGCCAGCCUCUCGGUAACGUUUUUGGAUCCGAAUUUGUCUCUCUAAUGGCACCGAUGGGAUACGAGUUUGCAUUCAUUUAUGGCGCUAUUCUCAUGGUUGCUGGUGCUGUGAUUGUAAUGUUAUCCAUCAGAGUGAAACCCAAAGAAUCACACCUAGUCACCGAGGAAAGUAUUGGAACAGGAAUGUCACAAAUUUCGUCGGUAGUAGAGGAGGAAAGUGGAGAAGCUGUUGGCUUCGUCAGAGCUCUUCUAUUGCCCGGAGUGCUUGCAUACUGUUUAUGCAACGUAUGCCUCAAGUUUGUCAACUACGCUUUCUUCUUUUGGCUUCCUCUGUACCUCACGGAAGCGUAUCACUGGAGCGAAUCUAAGGCAGAUCAACUCAGCAUCUGGUAUGAUAUUGGAGGUAUAGUUGGUAGCGUGGCCGGUGGAUAUAUUAGCGAUCGUAUGGGCUGCCGGUCCCCGCUUAUCGUAGCUAUGCUUGCAUCUUCUAUAGGAGCCUUAUUCAUGUAUUCAAACGCAGGUCCAGCGCUUUUCUGGAACGCAGUAAUCAUGACUAUAGUGGGUAUCACCAUUUCUGGUCCAUACAAUCUCAUUGUUGGAACUAUAUCGAUAGACUUAGGAUCUCAACCUGCUUUACAAAAUAAUGCCCAAGCUAUGGCCACUGUCUCUGGUUUGUUAGACGGUACCGGAUCCGUUGGAAGUGCCGUUGGUCAGCUAGGCAUUCCAGUAUUGCAGAAUGUUUUUGGAUGGCAGUCUGUGUUCUACCUCUUUAUGUUCUUGAAUCUGCUCGCAAUCGUCUGCAUCUUGCGACGCUGCCUCACCGACCUAAGAGUGCUUCUACGUCCAUGGUUCUCCCCGAAAGUUUCGCCGAAGAUGCCGCUAUAAGAGAUAAGAGUCGCUUUUCUGUCAGAAAACUGUUUUUGUUUGAAAGGGGUCUUGAAGACUGUAAUCGCAAAACUUCACUUGACAAUGGUGCCGAACUCACAAGAAUUGUGAAUCUCUGAGAUUUUAACACUUGCAUGAUGUUAAUUGAAAUAUUACUCGAGAGUUCUCUGUGAGAGAAUUGUACAUUCGUGAUACAUUUAUCCAGCAUUGAGGUCUCUAUAACAUAAUAGCAUAUAAAUAUGAAACAAAC